AAAGGAGGUGGCGGCGGAGGAGCGGGUGUAUUGAUAGGGGCGCGCACCUGUGCUCGUAUGCUUAUCCGUGAGCGCGCAUGGGAGGGAGCGAAAACGGGUAGGGUUGGGGUUGGUGAGGCACUGGCGCGUUCGCUGCAUCGCAGGAGCUGCCUUCCUGCAUCGCAACUGGCCACCGCCUUCCAGCCGUGUCCCCCAGCCCCUGCUACCGCCGUUGUAGGAACCACUUGUCUUCCCGUUGGAUAAAUGAAGAAAUCCCCGUGAUAAAUAGCGGGCGCUCCGCCUCGAUGGACCCCAGCCUCCCCAUUGCUUUGCCAUGUUAAUAUCGUUAUUUUUUAACAUUCAAAUAUGAAUCAUGUAUCUGAUAUUUGUUUCAAGUCUUCUCGCAAGCAUCCUUGUGUCCUGGCUGAGUGUAAUCGCUGUAGCAUCAACUGUUACCAGCGCAGUGGAGAAUGAAUUUCUGAAAGCUGCAACGUCGCCUGGCGUAAGCAGUGACAACUCAACGCGACACAGGGUAGCGUGUGAGGUCACCUAUCCUUCCAGGCUCAUCUAUUACCUGAACGAAGAUUCAGAGAGCACUUACCAUGACCUGGAUACUAAGACUCGGAACCAGGAUGGAGAGAGUCAGGUGGUGCACCUCUCUCAAGCCAGUUUUAAGAUAGAGGCCUUUGGCUCCAGAUUCAUACUGGAUCUCACAUUGAACAAUGACCUGCUAUCUUCGGAUUACGUGGAGAUCCACUAUGAAGAUGGUGGCAAGCCUGUGCUGUCAAAGGGCGGUGAGCACUGCUAUUACCACGGACAUGUCAGGGGGGGUCAAGACUCUCACGUUGCCCUUUCCACCUGCAACGGGCUGCAUGGAAUGUUUGAUGAUGGAAACUAUGUCUACAUUAUAGAACCCUUACAACAGACCCAUCUGAUAGAUAUGGUCGCCCGGCCCCACAGCCUCUGCCGCUCGCACACGCUGCAGUGGGCCCGUGACCCAGACAGCCUCACGGACGAGGAGAUGCUGCUCUCCUCACUGACGGAGAUGUCCUGGCUGAGGCGCAGGAAGAAACGUGCUAUGCCCCGCAGCGUCUUCGAGGAGAUGAAGUACCUGGAGCUCAUGAUAGUCGCCGAUCACAACAUGUAUAAGAGACACAAGACCAAGCAACACACCAAGAACUUUGCCAAAUCCGUGGUCAAUCUGGUGGAUGGUAUUUUCAAGGAUCAGCUGCACACGCGAGUGGUUCUGGUUGGCAUGGAGAUCUGGACUGAACGGGACCAGAUUCCCAUAAGUGUGCGGCCCUUGGAGAUGCUACGGGACUUCGCCAAAUACCGGCAGCACAGCAUCAAGCAGCAUGCAGAUGCGGUGCAGCUCUUCUCCAACGUGACAUUUCACUACCGCAGAAGUAGCGCCGCCUACUUUGGGGGUGUAUGUUCAUCAAGCCGGGGAGUCGGGGUCAACGAGUACGGCAAUACAUGGACGAUGGCUGCCUCGCUUUUGCAAAGUCUGGCCCAGAACCUGGGCAUCCAGUGGGACCCAGCCAUCAAGAGAAAGGAUUGCGGCUGUGGGGACUCCUGGGUGGGCUGCAUCAUGGAGGACACCGGCAUCCAGCACCCGCGUAUGUUCUCUAAGUGCAGCAUCUCCAAUUACAAGGAGUUCCUGCUGAAGGGGGGCGGCUCCUGCCUUUUCAACCGACCCAACAAGCUUUUUGAGGCGACGGAGUGCGGCAAUGGCUACGUGGAGGUGGGGGAGGAAUGCGACUGUGGCCUGCGGACGGACUGCUUACAGCACUGCUGUAAGAAGUGCUCCCUCGCCAACAGCGCCCACUGCAGCGACGGGCCAUGCUGCAACAACACCUGCCUGUUCUUCCCACGAGGAUUCACCUGCCGCUUCGAGUUUAAUGACUGUGACAUCUCCGAGACGUGCACUGGGGACUCGGGCCAGUGCCCCCCCAACCUCCACAAGCAGGAUGGCUAUGCCUGCCACCUCAACCAGGGACGUUGCUACGCUGGUGAAUGCAAGAACCGAGAGAGCCAGUGCAGAUACGUAUGGGGCCCAAAUGCUGGGGCAUCGGAGAAGUUCUGCUACGAGAAGCUCAACACUGAGGGUACCGAGAAGGGCAACUGUGGGAAGGAUGGAGAGAAGUGGAUCCCGUGCAGCAAGCACGAUGUGUUUUGUGGAUACCUCCUCUGCACCAACAUUGGCCGGACCCCUCGCAUUGGCCAGAUGAAGGGUGACAUCACACCUACCUCCUUCAACCAUCAGGCCAGGCUGGUUGACUGCAGUGGUGGGCACGUCCUUCUGGAUGACGAGACAGACCUGGGAUAUGUGGAGGACGGUACACCGUGUGGGCCCUCUAUGAUGUGCCUUGACCGCAAGUGUCUGCCCAUCCAGUCCCUCAACAUGAGUGCCUGCCCCAGUGGCUCCAAUGGUCAGGUGUGCUCCGCCCAUGGGGUGUGCAAUAAUGAGGCGGCGUGCUCCUGUGAUGCCACCUGGGCCGGGACGGACUGCAGCAUGUCAGACCCCCCGAAGACGCCCCCGCCUAAGGAAGACGAAGGACCCAAGGGUCCUAGCGCCACCAAUCUUAUUAUAGGCUCCAUUGCGGGGGCCAUCCUCGUGGCGGCCAUUGUGCUGGGGGGGACAGGAUGGGGCUUUAAAAAUGUCAAGAAGAGAAGGUACGACCCCAAUGCCAGUGCCAUCUAAGGGGAGACGGGGGACAGCCGUCGCCCGGGAGACGGGGGACAGCCGGCGCCCGGAAGCGGUUUCCCUGGUUUCGUUUUUCAUCUACAGAAGGACUGCACCUAUUGCUGCUCUAUUUUGUCAUUCGUUUUACUUGAAGAAAA